UGUAGUCAUCGACGCAUCGAUCACGAUUCAUCACGAACCAUUAUCUCUCUGGCCUGGCUGGUAGCAAGUAGCAACGCAUAACUGCCUCGGUCAUUUCUUUCAGUCUCACCAACAAUGGCUUCGACAGUGCUACUGCUUAUCAUGGCCGUGGCCAUCCACGGCGGCAGUGACUGGAGCUUCGCGUCGGACACCAUAUCCGCCAACUCCCCCAUCUCCGGUGACCGGACCGUCGUGUCGAGAGGCGGAAAAUUCGAGCUCGGCUUCUUCAGUCCCGCUGGCGGCGGCGGCAGCAACUACUACGUGGGGAUCUGGUACAAGAAGGUCGUGUCGCAGCGCACGCCGGUGUGGGUCGCCAACAGGGCCGCGCCGGUCGCCGACCCAGCGUCCUCUCGGCUCGCCGUGGCGGCGGACGGCAACCUCGUGCUCACCAACGAAGCCGGCAAGCUCGUCUGGUCCUCGAACGUCAGCUCCGCCAGCGGCUCGACCGCCGCCGCCUUGGCGGUUAUCUUGGACACCGGCAACCUCGUGCUCCGGCGAGAGAUCAGCGGCGAGGUUCUGUGGCAGAGCGUGGAGCACCCGACCGACACGUGGCUCCCUGGAGUCCGGCUUGGCAUGAACAAGAUCACCGGCGAGAUCACCGGCGAAGUGCAGGCGCUGGUUUCAUGGAAGAACGCCGGCGACCCAGCUCCCGGCAUGUUCACCUUGGGGAUUGACCCCAACGGGAGCAGCCAGUACUUCACGAAAUGGAACAGGACCGUGACUUUCUGGAGCAGCGGAGAGUGGAAGGACGGCGUGUUCGCCGGGGUCCCGGAGAUGAUAUCGCACGACAAGUACGACUUCGAGUUCGUGUCCGACGCCAACGCCAACUACUUCACCUACUCCCUGCAGGACCCCACGGUGAUCUCCAGGCUAGUCCUGGACGUCUCCGGCCAGGUGAGGCAGAUCAUGUGGGCGCCGUCCGCCGACGAGUGGAUGAUCAUCUGGACGGAGCCGCACCGGCUGUGCGACGUCUACGCCGUGUGCGGCGCGUUCGGCGUCUGCAACGGGAGGAGCGAGCCCUACUGCAGCUGCCCCGCCGGCUUCCGUCCCUCCUCCGCCGGGGACUGGGAGCUAGGGGACCACUCCCAUGGCUGCCGCCGGAACAAUCCCCCGCGGUGUGACGGUGGAGGCGUGAACAGCAGCUCAGUGCACGGCGACGGCAACGGCGGCGACGCCUUCUUGCCGGCGCCAGGUGUUUCUCUACCGAGAAAUUCAUCGUCUUCACCGGCAUCAAGCGCUCGAGACUGCGAGUUGGCAUGCUUGAGGAGCUGCAACUGCACCGCCUACUCUUACGACAGCCGCUGCUCUCUGUGGUACGGCGGCUUGCUCAACUUGGAGGACACGGGCGGCGCCAUUGACGACCUGCUUUACCUCCGGGUGUCCGACAUGGACGUGCCCUCCUCGAAAGGCCGUAACAGAACGGUCGCCUUCGCUUCCACUGCCGCAGUUGCGUCGAUCCUAGCCUUGUCUAUCAUCGUGUUCGUGGCUGUUAGAAUGUAUAGGAAACGGUAGAGGAGCAUGGCAUUCAUGCAGGCAGCAUCAGAG